AGGAGAUGCUAGGCGUGACUGCCAGGAUGUCCAACAUCCUCAUCGACAACCACUUGGCGACACACCGCCAACAAUACAGAACCGUUCCUCAAACAUCAUGAUAGGCGAUUUGAAGAUACUUACGAAACGUAUCGGAGGUUUUCUCACGACGUUAAUGUCACUGUCGCUGACGAGAGUCAAACGAAUGUUCCGCGCCGACAUCAACCACUAUCAACCAGAGACUUCCACGUCGGAAGAACCGUUCUCAGAAACAACUCAGAGCUCAGGUAGACAUGAGUGAUGACAACCCCUUUCAUCCCCUGGUCAAAGAGAAGUCCAACGCCUGGAAAUACAUGGAGGAAAACUCAGGAAACAACAAACGUGAGACCGCGAGACCGGAAGCGGAGAAACGAGAGAGGACUUUGGGUUCUAAGCUUGAGUUGAGGAAGAAGUUAAUCCAGAGGCGAAGAUGGCUGGUGAAUAUCAAGUUUUUCAUGGCGAUGUCCGGAAUUGUAUUCAUGGUGAUAGAAAAUGAACUGUACUACUCUGACAUGUACGAGAAAGGCAACGUGGCGUCCCUAUUCCUGAAGUCUCUGACGUCGAUCUCCACCCUGCUGCUGCUGGUAGCCAUAUGUGUGUACUACCACACGGGGAUGGAGAUCCGGAUGGUGGACGGUGGCGUGGACGACCCGCUCGUCGUCACCCCCGUGUCGACGUGGUUCAUGUUGGUAGCUGAACUAGUCGUCUGCGCCAUUCACCCAUUCCCUGGAGAUAUUAAUAUUGCUUUGGAUACCGUAAAGGAUAUUAAAGUUGCCUCCAGUGUUGACAGAAUCCUGUCGGUUUUAAUGAUGUUCCGACUGUACAUUAUCGGUAGUUUCAUGGUGGUGCACAGUCGGCUUCUAACGGAUCCUUCUACUCAGAGUAUUGGAGCUGUGAGUACGGUUAGAAUAAGCCCGUUCUUUGUGUUUAAGUGCGCUAUGAAGAAACACCCCUGGUUCGUGAUUUCCUGCAUUAUGUUGUCCAUGUAUGUAGUAAGUGUAUGGGCAAUGAGAACCUGCGAAAUCUACUUCACCACGACAACAGAUCUCACAAGCUUCAUGUGGUUGGCGGCUAUGACCUUCCUGACAAUUGGUUACGGGGAUUUGACGCCACAUACCCAUUGUGGUCAUUUGGUCGCCAUUGUGACCGGACUCAUGGGACUAGGUUCGUGUGCUCUGUUAGUCGCCGUUCUAGCCCGGCGCUUGGAGCAGAGCCGAUCAGAACAAUAUGUGUAUAAUUUCCUAACACGAAUACACUUGCAGAAUAAACGAAAAUGUGCUGCAGCAAACGUGGUGAAGCUUGUGCUCCGGAUCUGGUAUUGUAAACGGAAGUAUGGUUCCGGAAGUUCGCUGACUCUCCUGAACUGGAAGCUACGGAACGCUGUGAGGACUAUGCGAACGGCGCGCGCAUCCUUGGCGGAAAUUGACGGUACUUCCAUCGGUUUGAUUGAGAUCAGUCAAAUGAUAACGCGGAUAAACGGCGUCAUGGACGUCAUGUUGUCGUCACAGAACAAGGUGUGUCAACAACUACGGCAGAUUGAAAAACAAAUGGCCAAACUGAAAGCGAAGACAACGUACCAACGACCUGACAUUUAGUUAACGGUGAAAGUACAGUUACAAACUUUCACAUCAUAUAUUCGAAUUCCGUUCCUCUUUUCGAUAUUACUAUGUCACCUUCAAAACAAGCAGAACAUUUGCUAUGUUUUGUCAUGAAACUUACAAAGUAUACCUGUUUUACAAAUAAAUAGAAUUUUACAUUAGAAAAUAUAUAACGUCAACGCGAGAGAACAACCAUUCACGACUCUCCUACGAAACAGAUUCCAUAAAGGUAAAAGGCAAAAUAGGUGACAAUUAUCUGAACUGAUACCAGGUGUUCGCUUCAGAGCAAGGAGGGUUAAUAUAACGGAUGAUUACGAAACAAACGCCAAAUGGAAGGCUUUGUGUUAUGAACAGAAAGAGGUCGUUAAUUCGAAGUGCUGGGAAUGAUAAUGUAUUCAGCGAGUUAUCCGUACUUCGAGACAAGCAGUGUGACAAUACUGGGAAUGCUGCCUACGGGAAUUGUGUCGAGGCCGUAACGGAAUUCGCCAUGAGAGAUACAUCGAUUACUGUAGAGGUUCGACUUCUGGUUUCAUUGUGUUCAAUAUUAUUCAUAAUUCAUGAAGGUUAUGACUUUAAUCUACAAAUUGUAUCUUUCAUGUAAGGCUACAGCGGUGAUGAGACCUAAAUAUAUGCAUAUUUUAA